AUGCGGAGGUUGCUGCCGCUGCACAGCCCUGCGCCCUUGAGCAGCAGCAGCAGCAGCAGCAGGAAUAGCAGCAGCAGCAGCAGCAGCAGCAGCAGCAGCGGAGAAGAUAGCAGCGGUAGCGAGUCACCCAGACAACGUCCAGCUGCUGCUGCUGCUGCUGUUGCUGCUGCUGCUGCAGCAGCAGACGCUGCUGCUGCAGCUGGGUCUGUGAACUCGAUAGAACAGCAGCAGCAGCAACAGCUUCAACAACAGCAGCAACAGCAACAAAACCUUUGGCAGCUGGAGCAGCAGCAGCAGCAGCAGCAGCAGCAGCAGCAGCAGCAGCAGCAGCAGGAAUAUCAGCAGCAACUGCUGCAGGGCGGCGAUGCCUGGUCUCCAUCAGAUGCUGAGACGGAGCAAACUACAGCAGCAGCAGCAGCAGCAGCAGCAGCAGCAGCAGCUGCUGCUGCUGCUGCUGCUGCUGUUGCUGCUCCCCCCCGCUUCAGGCGGCAGCAGCGCAGCCGCAGAACGUCAAGGCCCGCCCGCCGUUUGCUGCUGCUGCUGCAGCAGGCAGCAGCAGAAGACUCAAUAGAGUUUGCUCGCAACGAGAACGGCUAUUGGGUGUUUAAAGGAAAGAAAGAAGAAACAGAAAAAAAUGAAGUUAUGCAGCUUAUAGAAGGGUUUAGGGUUUCCGCCCAUCCAGUGUGCAUACAGCGAAGAAGCCAAGCCGGGCGCCGGCAGCAGCAGCAGCAGCAGCAGCAGCAGCAGCAGCAGCAGCAGCAACUGCUGCAGCAGCAGCAGCAGCUGCUGCUGCAGCCCGCUUUGCUCUACGGCAAAGCAGCAGCGCUGCUGCGGCAGCACCGCAUGGUUUAUGGUUGUUCUAGUUACAUUAAGGCAGUAGAGGAAGACCUCCAAAGGCGGGUGGGGUUGCCGGAUUUCACUCUAAGAAAACUGCUGAGGUAG